CAGCUGUGAACGCCUACCUCUCCUCAAUCGGCGAGUUGAGCUCGCGGAUGGUGGUUUAGUACGUGUCGGGGCACUAGCGCCAUUCGAUAACUACGGAAGGUUUUUCAAUUUCGCGAACUAAUCGCAGUCUGUGUCAUUCCGCUCCGAGAAAUGGAAGUCGACGAAACGCGUUCGGGCAAUACGAGCGCGAGCACGUUGCCGUACGACGCUACAAGUGAGGACGCAGUGACAGUUGUGUUCGGGUUGGCAUUUUAACCUGUUAUGACAAAAAACGAACCGGUAACCGGUCGCCGACCGACCGCGAAUCCGGAGGGAAAAGCUUAGAUCAUACGUCGCGAGUCGUGAGCUGUGUUUGGUUCGGUUUUUAUUUUGUUAUUAAACAUCAUCGACAAGGAAGCUUCGCCGAGGCGAUAUAUCACUUGAAGCAGAGCCGUUACGACCAGAAAAAAUGUGGUGCCUCGUGAGUCAGGCAAACUCCGUCAUCCUGGAGGUACAGGUCGAUCCGAAAGCCAUCGGUCAGGAGUGUCUGGAGAAGGUUAUGGUGCCAGGCUGUGGACCUCAGUUGCCUGUAUCUAUCAUCUCGAGGACUCUGUCCAUCCUGUAUGAUUUCUUCAGGACCGAAACAUCAUCUCGAAUUUAUCUCAGAGGAACGAUUCUGGCAGCGGACACCUUCUACCGAUAUGAAACACUUAAAAGAUUCCGAAAUAAAUGCUCCGAUCUUUGUGCAUGUGACUGCCUUGGGAUCAGCAAGGAGUGCGAUUACUUCGGGUUGAAAUAUCAGAACGCCAAGGGCGAGGAACUCUGGCUAAAUCUCAGAAAUCCCAUCGAGAGACAAACUGGCGGUGGUGUCGCGCCUUUAAGGUUCGCCCUAAGGGUCAAGUUUUGGGUACCGCCACACCUGUUGCUGCAAGAAGCCACCAGACAUCAAUUCUACCUGCACUCCCGUCUCGAACUCGUCGAGGGAAGACUGAAGGUUUCGGAUUGGUCCUCCGUGGCGAGAUUGGUCGCUUUGAUAGCUCAGGCCGAGGGUGGUGAUUACGAUGCCUUACUACCCCCACAUGCACUGUACUCACAGUGCUGUCAGAUACAGCCGAUAGAACCUUGCGAGGCAAAACCGCAGGAUUUCCUACAUCGUAUAGUGCAGCAGCACAAGGAGAUCAAGGGCAUGAAGGCAUCCACUGCUGAAUAUUGGCUUCUGAAGGAAGUCUCGAACUUGGAUACGUUUGGCCAAGAGAUGUUUCACAGUAAAUUCGGCUAUAAUGGAGUCUCGAUGAUCGGUGUUGGUCCACACGGCAUUACGGUUUAUCGGGGACAAGACGAGGAGACACAGAACAUACCGUACACAGCUAUACAAAGCGCCACUUCCCAACGGAGGAUGUUCCACCUGGUGUAUUUGUCUCUGGACGGCGAGGAAACGUCUUUAGAUUUUAAACUGGAUUCCAGCCAGUCUGCCAGUGGAUUAUAUCGAGCUAUUACGGAGAAACAUGCCUUUUAUAGCUGCGAGACUGUGAGGAGUGCCGUCACUGCGCAGUUCAUCCGCGACCUUAAGGGAACUAUUAUUUCUAUAUUCAACGAGGACUCCACUCUGGGCAAGAAGUACGUCUUCGAUAUUCGCAGGACCUGCAGAGAGGUAUACGACAAUGCAAGGAGAGCAUUGUACUGCGAGGAAGCCAAUAUUGAAUUACCCGUGGAAAAUGAAAUUGUAGACAGGCAUGACUGUGAUGACUGUCAAAAUCGAAAAUGCAAGGAAUCUCGGGAGUGCCUGGCCAGACUCCUGGACGCUAUGCUAUGUCGUAUAUGCAUGGACCGCACUCUGGACACUGCACUAUUUCCCUGUGGACACGCUGUGGCUUGCCUCGACUGCGCCAGAAGAUGCGAGAGAUGUCCUCUGUGCAGAGCCGACAUAGGUCACUGUCGGACAAUUUAUCUGCCCAUUGAAUUGACCCACGUGGACAAGCAGAAUCCGAAGAGCCCCAACGACGCGAUGGAGACCACCUUCGUACCCACCAGGAAGCCCACAACGGAACGUAUCGCGGAAAGGAUUCUCACUGGAAAUGAGACGAAUAACAACAACAAUAAUAUUUGAGAACGCCGCGCGAAGCGUCAGUGCAGCGCCAUUAAUAGAAUCUUCAGGAUUUUCACGUGUCGUAUCGAGAGGCCGUAUGUUUGAAUUGGAUGAAACAAAAAUGGCGAAAUUCUCAUUUGCCGCGAAGGUUAUUAACGAUUUACAAUUAUUUUCCUAUCGCUUGAUUAUUUACCCCCCCAAGAAAGUUAAUUAUCGCCAUGCUUGUGUCCGAGCGAUUCAAACAUCACGCUUUCCUUCGGGAAUCGAAUUCCUUGUAUUCGUGUAAUAUGGAGACAGUCGUAUUAUCCGCGACAUUUAUUUUUUUUUUUUCAGUAACAAUAACGUUGAACGCGAUGUAAAUAAGAGCAACUUUUCUUUUUUAAUUUUUAAUGGGAAACUAUUUUGACAAAUUUUGUUUCAUUUGGUCACGAUUCACUUCUAUUUAAUUGCUCAUGUUCGACAAGCUUUUUUGUACGCGCACGUGGAGAGUGAUAAUGUCGUAUGCGUAUGACAGGCGCACCCUACAAUGUUGAAGUCGCUUGACGCCGGACGCAUUACGUAUUAAACGCGCGUUUCCGAGGAUAAUAUUUCACGGAUAUUGCGUAGCUUUUCCUAAAGCCUACUAAUUCUAACCAAAUGUCUUCUCAUUGUAUAAGCAGUGACCUCAGGAUAAUGGUAUCCGCGAACGAACGGUGACAUAGGCCAUUAUUUUUUCUUAUUCUUUUUCUCAUCUGUCUGUAACCCUCUUCUUUAUUUCUUUCUUUUUCUUUUCUUUUCGUUAUUUUUCUCUUACUAUAUCUUAACCUGCGUCUAUCCGUUUUAGCUGUGAAUGUCAGGUACACCUUUUCGUAGUCGAAACAAAGGAAUUUCUUUUAUAUUUUUCCCUCCUGCUUCGAGCUAAAUAAAAAUUAUAGUUUUCGUUAAGAAAUUGGGACGACAGUCAGGUCGAAAUAAAACUCCAUGCCGCUAAACCGGAAUGUCACGGUUAUUGGCGAUGACUAUGCGACUUACGACAUCACGGUCCAUUCUAGCCGGUAACUCGAUGCUAAAAGUUUUAACCGUGGAGAAGAAUUUUUCGCGUAAAGCGUAUGCAAGUAGAAAUAAAAUAAAUGGAAAAACGAAGCGGAGAGUGGGAGAGGCAAAAGAAAUGAGGACGCGAUAUAGGAAAUAAUAAUGGAAUUUAUGGUACGAAGUGCCGCGUUUUACUUAUAGGAAUUAUGUCGCUGACAAGGAUGAAAGUUGAAAUAGUCCAUAAGGGACAGUUUAUUAUUUUAUUUUUUUCACAUAUCCUCUUUCUCUUUCUUUUCUACGAGUGAUAAAUGGACCAAUGUGUUGCUUACGUGUUUCACGGAAAUUCGCUUUUUUUCUCUCACUCUCCCCCUCUCUUUUGCUAUCUUUCUUUAUGAUAUUCUUCUCUUUCUCUCAUUCUUUUUGUUCUUCUAUUUCUUUUUCUUCGUCUGCGGUUUAACUCUGACUCAGACGCUGCCCGAGAGUGCAGGGGUCGAAACUUUUAUCGAAACAACUGACCCUUUGUAUAUUUGUUAUAACAUUCGAAUACGCUAUACAUAACACAUAGCUCUGUACCACUUGAAAAACCACUGUCAUAAUAUUCCUGUUUUGUAAAGGAUCCUUCAAUGAAAUGGUAUUGUCGUGACUUCUGCGUGCGCAAAUGAGAAAUGAAAUGAUUUUGUAAUAGGAAACCGUCGUCUUUAUUAAGAUUUUAUGAGAUAGUCUCAAAAGAGAAAAAGAACGAAUAGUCAUUGACUGUCGACGACAAUCCUUGCAUUUUAUAUUUCUUUUUCUUUUCCAUAAACAUAUUUCUAGUACAGUCAAACCCUUAUCACUCCAGGAGUACUGCUGGUUGGAGUGAUAAGGGUUAAACAUAUGACCAGUACAGUAGUUUACUCGACGGGUCUCAAUUUCUCUUUGUACCAUAGAGUCGUGCAAGAUAAAAAUUACGUUCUCCUUGUUAUCAACCAGUUUCGUAGGAAACUCGAUAUUUAUCCUCUUGCAUUUCCUGUUCUCUCCCGACAGGAGGCAUUGGAGCUACAGUAAACAGGGAGGAUGCAAAGAUUUGCAUUACAUGAAAAGAGAGAGAGAGAGAAAAAGAAUGAAGGUGAAAAGAAAAUGAGACACGCGGGAUAACCUUAUUAGGAAAAUUUUUUUUUGCUGAAGUAUCCUAUACAAAUAGCAAGCGUUAUUACCGUAAUAUCUGUUUAUAUGUACAUUAGAAGUUGCGAUAACCUCCGUGACCUCAGGAGGGUUCAAACCGAGCAAAAGUCAUAAGUUCACCAAAUGUUAAAUCCGAUUUGCACUAAGCUGGUGUACCAGCGAUAAUCUAUCGAGCGAGACAUAAUAACAUACAAGUAAAAGGAGAAUAAAACAGAGCCAUAGAUGAUUAUAAACACACUAAUAAAUUAUAUACAUAUAUAUAUAUAUGUAUAUACAUAUAUAUAUUGGCAUUUAUACCGUUAAAUUAAAAAAAAAAAAUCUUUAGAAGAUAUCGAUUCUUAUUGAUUUCAAGAAAAGAAGUCAGUUUUCGAAUAGUGCUAAGCCUUAUUGUGAAAAGUCUUCCGAUUCUGGGAUCGAUAAAUAUAUUACGCGUAUCGUUUGGUUCACCAGCUUUUUUAUCCUGUUAGCAGCCAGCAAAAUGGACGUCAGUAAUAGAACAGAAUUCACUUUCUUGUUACCGCACCCUUUACCACCGUUAGAUAUACUAGAAUAGAACUUGUUCUUAGAUCCAAGCGAGCAUUCUACUACACAUGAAGAGCGUGUGUGUAAUAGAGAGAAAGAGAGAGAAUACAUGUGUGAGAAAGUGAAAAGAGUGAAAGGGAUGAAAUUGUUUGAGGAGCAAGAAAUAAGUUUAAAAAAAAAAGAAAAAACGGAUGAAUACUGUGAGAAUAAGCGAAAUACGUGGCAAUUGUUAUAGUCAUACAUCAAUGCAAAUGUACACCUAGUUAAUAAUUAUUUAUAAGUCAUAAAAAGUGAUACAGCCGACCGACGUAAACUCGCGUUUACACGUAAACUGUUCGCGAGGCUUAAAUAUCCUUUAAGUUUUUACUCGUUCUAUUUUUCUUCUUAUCACUUCUCGAAGCUUAAUUGCUGUGCUUACUUUAUUUUCUUUCCUGUUUGUACACUUUUUAUUUCUAUUCCAAUCUUGGGCCAUCUAAAUUAUUCGCGUAGUCACGUGUAAACGCGAUGAGGGAUAUACGUCAUGGUUUGGCAAUGUUAAAUCCGAAGUUAGUGAAACAUUUCAAUGCAAUGCCGUGUCAGGCCACUGUUGUCGGAGAAGUUGUGUAGGACGUAAUCCUCACGAGGAUUAUCCGAAUAACCGGCUCACGAUAUAAUGGCACAUAGAGUUAACAUUACGUUUAAUUUUUCUACGAGUUUCUUUUACUUUUCGUUAUCCUUAUUCGCUGUUUUUUUUUUAACUUUCGUUAACCACGUAGUACGGUAGAUUUAGUGAGGAUUCUUCGAAAGCAGUGGACUGAAUUCUUUAAUCUUAAAACCCAGCCCCCUUCCCCCAACCACAAGAAAUAUCUUUGUACUACUGCUGCGUGUCUUUUCGGUUAACGAUUGUUAUUAUUAUUAACAUAAUUAUUAUUCAAUAACAAAAAGAAUAACUAUAAUAUAAUUAUAAUGUAAUAACUUCUUGUGAUUACGUCUCUGUAUAAAAUUGUAAGGAGAUCGUUGGAGACGUCGUAGCGCGUAGGGAGCGUUUAAUCCAUAUAGUAGUAGCGAGGAGAGACAAUGGAAGAAGAAAAAAAUAAGAACAAGAUAUAAAAAUUAAAUAUAAAGAACGGUGGAGAGACGUGACAGGUUAGUAGCGGAGGGCGCGCAGUCCUUGUCCGCAGGAUCAUCGUUUGCAAAGAGUAUUUUUAAAGUAUUUCCAAUUAUUUUUUAGUAUUACAUCAGGGUCCCACUCAUUGAUGGUGGUAUAAAUAAAAGCGAAGAAAAAUGUGAAAACGAUUUAAAAAAUAUUGUACGACAAGACCGAUGCAACCCUACACGAAAUAAAUACGUAGAAUAACCAUGUCCCGCAUUGUGAUGAUUAAAUAUCGUGAAACCACUA